GGCCAUUAAGACCAGGCUUUUGAGCAUGUUGUGGAAAGAUGAUACAUUCUGACUCCAGUUAGGCAAAAAUCCGACCGGAGCCAACCGACAGCAUCACAGCCAUGGAGCCAUUUGUUGCAGUUUGACUUUAUGCAAUGAAAGAAGUGGAAAAUAAAAAUGUAUAAACACGAAUCUCUUCUGAAGAGCAGUGAAGCACAGCAAGUUGUCACUGUCACAAAAACAUCUGUGUCCUUUGCAAUAACCAGCAUCACAAUUUGUUUUAUUAUGCUUCACUUCUGUCCGAGUCAACUCAGAGCACAGCUCGGGACAACCCCCAAUAUUAAACACAUUGUGGUUGGGAGGUGUUACACUUACACCACACUAGUUAACCCCAGCUUAAGGUAUGACUGUGAGGAGAUCUGGAGGCAGUUUGAGGAGGCCGUUAUCAGUCAUUCUUCUUGCAAUGUGACCGUCGAGGAUUAUUUUCACAUGUUUAACGCAAUGCCACAAAUCUGGCCCUGUGAUAAUUUCCUCUUCUGGAGUAAAACCAGGACACUGAUGCACAGCUAUGCUGCAGUUUUUCGCCACUUCUGGACACUGGAAGACACGCUGGUUGGCUACAUGUUCAACGAUCUCAUCUGGUGUGGCCAAGAGGAGGAUUCUGGUUUUGAUUUCAGCUCUUGUCCGGAGUGGUCGGCCUGUCGAAGUCAUCCGGUCUAUUCCCUGUGGAGGCAAGCUUCACAAAAUUUUGCAGAGAUGGCGUGUGGCAACAUUACUGUCUUACUGAAUGGAUCUAUUGCUAAUGCCUUCAAUAGGAAAAGCAUGUUUGGAAGUGUUGAACUGGACAGCCUGGAUCCACAAAGGGUGAAUUAUGUCAACAUUAAGGUGGUGACCAGUCUAGACGGACCCCAUAUAGAGUCAUGUAGUCAAGGAUCCAUUGUAGACCUGAUCCAAAUCCUCCAAUCCAGAGGUUUUCACUGGACCUGUACAGACAAUGACCAGACCCUGAUAAUCUUGCAAUGCAUCCGGGACCCACAACACUCAUCCUGCCAGACAUGUGCAAACACUGUUAAACAGAAACAGCCUUACAUCUGAUUAAAUCACAGACUGCUGUAAAAUCUAUAUCUUUCAAAGUAAAUCCAGAGUGCAAAAAAAAGGAACAAUGAAUACUGUAAACACUGUCAUUCUUAGAUAAUGCAGAGGCUUCUCAAAAAUCUAACUUGAAUGAAAAGCAGUGUGUGUUUUGCAUACCCACUACACUUCACUGAUCCACACAAAUCUACAAGCAAAAUGCAGCUGAAACAGGUGCUUCUCAACAUGGAGAGGAGGAACUGAUUAAUCUGCAGCCUUUAAUGUUGCAAACAGACUCAUCUGUCAGUACUGCUGUGACUUCAUUAGAAACGUUAGUACAUUUGUAGAAUUAAAACCUGUGAGUUAAUCACAGCAUUACCGACUGUGCUCCAGUCCCCUCUGUCCUCCGAACUGCACUGAUCCUAUUUAAUUAUCAGGGUUAGUGUGCUUUCUGAAGACAAGAUUUCCUGUUUUACUGUCAGGGUUGUGUUAAAACAAGACACAUGAUGAUGAUGUGUAUGUGGCCAGAUACUCACAGCAUUGAAAUCAAAGUACAUUUAAUUUCACUGGGUUCAGUAACCUCUUUUUUGACACAGGGUCCCUCAGCAUUGUAAUCUCUGAAACGCCAUUCUGUGCAUCUUUAAGGGAUUCCAAAGAAAAAAUAAAAAGCUAUAA